UAAGUGGAAGGAACUCAAUAGUACUCUUAUUUCACUCUUCCAAAUUCCAAUCCCAGCCCUUGCUGUGUGUUUCUCAUUUCCAAUAUUACAUCCAAAUGGGUAGCCUAAAUUUCGACCAUCCGCAAGAAAACAACUCUGCCCACAUGUCUGGCCCUCUGGACCUUGUGGAGUUGAGAAGACAAGGCCACAUGAUGAUAGAUUUCAUUACUGAUUAUUACCAAAACAUAGAGAAACACCCAGUUCUUAGCCAAGUCCAACCAGGCUAUCUCAAACAACGCUUGCCAGAAUCUGCCCCAUACAACCCUGAACCCAUUGAAACCAUCCUCCGAGACGUGCAGGAUCAUAUUGUCCCUGGCCUAACACAUUGGCAAAGCCCUAACCACUUUGCCUACUUUCCUGCAACUAUCAGCACCGCAGGGUUUCUCGGCGAAAUGCUCACCACUUGCUUCAAUGUUGUGGGGUUCAACUGGAUGGCAUCCCCAGCUGCAACUGAACUCGAAACCAUUGUCAUGGAUUGGCUUGGAGAUAUGCUCAAACUUCCCAACUCUUUCCUCUUCUCCGGCACCGGAGGCGGUGUGUUGCAUGGAAGUACUCAUGAGUCUGUCGUUUGCACCAUGGCAGCUGCCAGGGACCAAAUCCUGAGCCGAAUUGGUGAAGAGAAUAUAGGGAAACUUGUGGUGUACGGCUCUGAUCAAACACAUAGCGUGAUUCAAAAAGUGUCCCAAAUUGUUGGGAUCCCAUCAAAGAACUUCAGGGCCAUCGAGACCACAAUAUCAUCAUCCUUUACACUGUCCCCUGAAACCCUACGGUUGACUGUUUGUUCAGACAUGGAAGCUGGGUUGGUUCCAUUCUAUCUAUGCGCCACCGUGGGAACAACCGCAACCACAGCCGUCGAUCCGCUGGGACCACUAUGCGACGUGGCAAAAGAUUACGGCAUGUGGGUUCAUGUGGACGCUGCAUAUGCCGGAAGUGCUUGCAUUUGCCCCGAGUUUCGGCAGUAUAUCGAUGGCAUUGAGGGUGCAAAUUCGUUCAGCUUCAAUGCGCAGAAAUGGUUCUUUACAGCUCUUGACUGUUGUUGCCUUUGGGUUAAGAAUCCGAGUGCGUUGACAAAAUCAAUGUCAACGGAUCUUGAGGUGUUGAGGAACAAGGCCAGUGAGUCGAAGCGAGUGGUGGACUUCAAAGACUGGCAAAUAGCCCUAACCCGGAGGUUCCGGGCCAUCAAGCUGUGGCUUGUGCUCAGGAGCUACGGGGUGGCUAAUCUUAGGAACUUCCUCAGAAGCCAUGUGAAAAUGGCGAAGCGUUUCGAAGGGCUUGUGAGGACGGACGAAAGGUUUGAGGUUGUGGUGCCUAGGAAUUUUGCUUUGGUGUGUUUUAGGAUUUCACCUUCCGCAAUUAGUAAGGCUAAUCUGACUCCAAGUGAUGAGAAAUGUGUAAACGAAGUGAAUUGCAAGUUGCUGGAGGCGAUCAAUGGGUCGGGUUGGGUGUACAUGACCCAUGCUGUGGUUGGAGGGAUGUAUGUGUUGCGUUGCGCCAUUGGAGCAAGUCUCACUGAGGAAAAGCACGUAGCCAUGGCUUGGAAGGUGGUGCAAGAACAUGUAGAUGCCAUCCUCCCCCUUACCAUGUAUUAAUACAUGCUGAGGGAGAGGAUGAAAUUUGUACAUAGUGAGGGAGAUAACGUUCAAAAUCCUUCAAAACUUUUCAAGGAUUUUGAAUUAGGGGGUUCAAAUUAUUCGCAGGCGAUAACGUUCCUUGUAACAUUUUGUUUGAAGAUGGCCAAAGCUCUAUCCACAAUAUAUUCAAAUAAAUUAGAACAA